ACAACGAUAGCAUCCGCUGCCAACAUCGAGGGACAACAAACGCAGCCAAUUAACAUGAGUUGUUAUGAACUAAAGCGCUUCACUCGUAAGAACUGAAGAAAGCCAGGGUCGUUAAAUACUUUCACCUAUCUGCAUACACUGUGGAAUGAGUUUGUUUUAGUUGAUUGUAGUUAUUACAAUUUUUGAUUGAAAAUUGUGGUUUCUUACGUUGGUCGAAUAUGGUGCUUUGCAUUUGUGUUCUGUUUUCAUACAUAGGCGAAGUUGAGAACACGAGUUCUUAAACGAAAAAAGUUACUCAUUUAGCAAAAGCAGUUCAGAUUGAACCAGAAUUAUGACUGAUAAUGAAGAAAUAUUACCUGAAGAGGUGACCAAACAAGCUAUUCGCCGGAAAGUGUGGCAUUGUUUGGAAAAAAAUGAUUUAGCCCAUUUUCCUCGGCCUGUCUACGGUCGGAUUCCUAAUUUCAAAGGUUCCCCAGAGGCAGCUCAGAAACUGUCAGAGCUUGAUAUUUUCAAAGGUGCAUAUACCAUCAAAGUUACUCCAGACAAACCACAAGAAGCAGUGCGAUUUCUUGUUCUAGAAGCAAGGAAAAACUUGUUGGUUCCAAUUCCAAGCUUACGCUCAGGAUUGCUUCUACAUGUGGUACCUCCCUCAGAUGCUUCAAAGCAAGAAUUGAAGGUAGCAGCUACCCAGCAAGGUUCAGAACAGUGGGGUAAACCUGUUGGCCUUGAUGCUAAAGUGAAAGUAGAUCUCAUUGUUUUAGGGUCUGUUGCUGUCUCAAAGGAAGGAUACAGAGUAGGGAAAGGGGAAGGCUAUGCAGACCUUGAAUUUGCAAUGAUGAUGAAGAUGGGGGCUGUAGACCAGAAUACUGUUAUUGCUGCAACUGUGCAUGAUUGCCAGGUGUUCGAGACAUUACCCUCACAACUGUUCAAGGAAAAUGAUGUACCUGUGGACUUCAUUAUAACUCCAACCCAAGUGAUAGAAGUAAAUCCACGGCUUCCCAGACCAAGUGGAAUCAACUGGAGUCUACUCUCAGAGCGACGGCUGAAUGAUAUACCCAUUCUGCAGACUCUUCGAGACGCGGAGAUGUGUGAAGGAAAAGACUGCACGUUGAAAGAAGUUGACUCCGAUGUUGGAGAACAUCCAAGGGCUAGUGGGCAUGGUUACAGAAGAAAUCGCUUCAGAAGACGUCAUGGUAUCCCUAAGUCACCUCAGUCAGAGAAGGGUGUUGAAGGGCCACAGCUAUCUGUGAUAGAUGGAGAGGACAUUCAGAAUAAAAGGCCAUUCCGUCGCCCUCGUCCCGCUGCUAGGAAGCAGACAUCAUCCACACCUAAACAUGGAUAUGGCAAAGAAGUUAACAAGGAUGAGAAUGUCACUGGAAACAUCACAAAGAAGGAACAGCAUCGACCAGCCCGUCCUCGACAGCGACCUGGAAUCGAGUUCAGUCUGAAAGUUGGCAAUAUUGCAUCAAAUGUCCGUGUCCGUGACCUUAAGGCAGCUUUAGCAGAGAGAGGCAUCAAACCCACUGAUAUCACAUGGCGUGGACACAGGGGUUUUGCUUUCCUUCACUUUGCCAAAGCAGGAGGCUCGAGAAACACAGUAUCAUCAGCUCCCAUAGCAGUCGACAGCAUUGUGGCAUCCCUUCAGGAUCUCAGGGUUGGAACUGAAGGUGGAGAGGACUUUCUUAAGAUUGAACCUGCAAAACCAAUCACGAGAAUUGAAGUGACUGAUAUUAGUUCAGUGUGAAUAGUAGUUUGACCCUGUUCAGACUAUCUUCCUUAUUACAUAUGGUGUGCCAAUGUUUAAAAUCUGACAAUUAUUUAACCCUCUGCUGUAGCUUUCAAAUCCAUUCUUAUACUUUGCUAUCAGACCGUAUCACUUCUCCAUGCUGUCUCCCCAUUUUUUUUUCUUUUAAUUGUCUUUUGUACAUUCUGUUUCAGUAUGUUAGACAUAUCAGGGAACAUUUAAUUUUAUUGCAAGGGGUUAAACCAACUGUAAGACCAGUUUUAACUAAAAAUGUAUUAAACAGUGAAUGUAUAAACCAAUACUCAGUUUUCCUCGAUUUCAUGCAGAGGACAUUUACGUACUGACCACUAGUUGUAAAGGAAGAAAACUAUAAACUAUUUUAUACUAUCUGUUAUACAUUUCAUUCAUGAGUAGUUACAGAUUUAACCACUCAGUUAUGCCUAUUUUUAAAUUAUUACAUUUUGUAAAGAAUUCUGAUGCACAGAGAGAUCUAUUUAAAAAGGUGUAUGAGAUGUUCUUAAAUCACAUUGGCACCAAGAGCAAUGGUACUUGUACUGAACUGAAUCAAGUUUUCUUGACAGUUUCUUGUAAAACAGAAGUGAUACAUAAUGCUUCAGAAGUUAUGUAAAUUCCAUAUUUAAUUUAUUUUUGUAUAUGCCUGGCAAGUAUCAGUAAUGUAAAGUGUCAUUAAAAAAAAGGAACUUAACAAAGGCAACUUUCAAAUGUAUACUAUUGAAAGCAAUCUGCAUUACAGGAGAAUGGAACUUGUAAAAUGUAACUUAAAUGUAGUUUUUGAAAUUACAUUUAAAAUUAGCAUAAACAUUUUUAUGAAGCUCUAGCUUGUUUAUAUUACAAAGUAACGAAGAUAAAUAAACUUUUUUUUUUCC